GCAUUCCAGAGGCAGGUGCAGGAGUGUCUGACCCAGCUGGAGCUGAUAAAUAAGCAGUAUCGUCAUCUGGCCAGAGAGGAUCGCACAGAUUCCACCUGUCGCCUCCGAGAAAUGGUGCAUGAUGGGAACCGUCGCUGGGACAACCUACAAAAGAGGGUGGCCUCCAUCCUGCGCAGGCUCAAGGUAUGCUGGGACUAUCAUGAACAACAGUUUCACAGACUUUACUGUGUGAACACAAUGACUUAUGUAGUUUAUUUGUCAACACAUAACAGUAGAAAUUCUAGUUAUUGAACAAACCUAUAACACUGUUGCCCUCUCUCUGGGUUCUCUCAGCACUUUAUUGGUCAGAGGGAGGAGUUUGAGACAGCUAGAGACAGCAUCUUGGUGUGGCUCACUGAGAUGGACCUGCAGCUCACCAACAUAGAACACUUCUCAGAGUGUGACGUCCAGGCCAAGAUCAAACAGCUAAGGGUGUGUUUGUGUGACUUUGAAUACUAGCUAUCUAUUAAAUGGUUUUAGGAUUUGAAUGCAUGAACUUUGUAUGACGGCUCAUUCCGUGCUAUAUGUAUUAGUAUCCUCCCUUGACCGAUUUAACUGGCAUCACAAAUGAGGCUAACAGCAUUUCCCCUGACAUUACUUGAUUGUGGUGCCCACCUUAGAAACACAUACUGAAAUAUCUAACCCCUGACCUUUACCCUAUGUGUGUGUAUUCAGGCAUUCCAGCAGGAGAUCUUUCUGAACACAGGGAAGAUUGAGCUGGUGUUCAGGCAGGGGGAGGCACUGAUAGAGAAGGGUGAGCCGCUGGAUGCUGCUGUCGACAGAUACUACAAGAAGCUCACACGCCUGCCUGUGAGUAAUGCCUUUUGUGUACAGAAUACACACACACACACCAACUGCCAGUUGGUGUGUGUCCGACAGGGUAGAACCAGGUGUCAGGUGGUAUUGGGUUGCAUGGAGUACCGCAUCUGUCUGUGACUUAAACGAUAUGGGCCAUUUGCCAAUAUGACAUAACUGGCAUAACCUUGUACACACACCUAGCACAUACCAUACAAACACACACACUCACUCCCCCUCCCUCUCCCUCCCUUCAGCUUGCCGAAGACGAGCUAGACUACUCUGACCGAGAACUGGACAUGGAUGAGUCGUCUGACCUCUCUGACUUGCAGUGGGGUGACUCCUCUCUUCCACACCCCUUCAGCUGCCCCACCUUGGGCUCUGUACUCCCCCUACGGGUGGACCGUUCGGGCCGGGACACCCCAGCCAGCAUGGACUCUAUCCCCCUGGAGUGGGACCACGACUACGACCUGAGCCGAGGGCUGGAGAGUGCUGGGGGGCGAAGUCUGGGGCCAGAGAGGGGUCGAGGACAGAAGCUGGAGGAGGAGUACCUCAGGACGGCUGCUGCUGUGUUGUCA